AUGUUCCAGAUCAAGAAGACAUUCGCUGCCCUUCUUGGUGGGCUCAGCCUGCUUCCCGCACUCACCAAUGCGUUCACAAACCCUAUCUUCUGGGAAGACCUCGCGGACCUCGACAUCCGCCGGGUGAACGACACCUACUAUUACACAUCCUCAACUAUGCAUUAUUCUCCUGGUGCCCCUAUCCUUCGCUCCUACGACUUGAAGAACUGGGAAUACAUCGCUCAUGCUGUCCCCACGCUGGACUUCGGUAGCACAUAUUCGCUGCAAGGCGGACAGGCUUAUAUCCAGGGAAUCUGGGCGUCGUUCUUCGCGUACCACCCACAGAAAAAUACCUGGUUCUGGGGAGGAUGUAUUGAUUUCCAGACAAGUUAUCUCUACUCUGCGUCCUCGGUGACUGGUCCUUGGACUCGCUACACCACAAUAAAUAAGUGCUACUAUGACUCGGGGCUUCUCAUCGAUGACGAUGGAACUAUGUACGUCUCAUAUGCGAAUUCGAACAACAUCUGGGUCGCCCAACUUUCCUCCGAUGGAAAGAGCGAGGUCAGGUCGCAGCAAGUUUUCGUCCCCCCCAGUGACAUUGGAUACCUCGAAGGCACGCGGAUGUACAAGCGAAAUGGACAAUACUAUAUCCUUGCUACUCACCCCGCCAACGCCGAAUACACACUGAAAGCCAGUAGCCCGUGGGGAAGUUACUCUAGCAAGGCACUCGCUGUGAGCGUCAAACCCCCCGUCACAGGCGGCGGAAACCCCCACCAAGGUGGUCUCAUCGACACCCCCAGUGGACAAUGGUACUACAUGGCCUUCGUCGACUCGUACCCCGGUGGCCGCAUCCCCGCCAUGGCACCCGUCACCUGGGGAUCCGACGGAUUCCCUACACUGCAGCUAUCGAACGGAGCAUGGGGUACCUCGUACCCAGACGUCCUCACCCCACAUCCCGUUACGUCUCCGACCGGAAUUGAGAAUCUCACAUCGAUUGGGCCCAGGUGGGAGUGGAAUCACAAUCCCGACACGUCCAAGUUCUCCACCAGCAGCAACGGGCUCACGCUGAACACCGCCACGGUCACCUUCGACCUCUACUCAGCACGCAACACCAUCACCCGUCGUAUUCUCGGUCCCAAAUCCACCAGUACGAUCAAACUCAACUACGGAAACAUGAAAGACGGUGACCGUGCUGGUCUCGUCCUUCUCCGUCACCUCUCCGCUUGGAUCGGUGUCAAACGGGACAAUGGCAAUUAUAUUGUCGGAUUUACCAACGGUCUCGCGAUGAACUCUGACUGGUCGACCUCGAACACGGGAACGACCGUUGCUACUGCUGGCAUCAGCGGUGGAACGAUCUACCUGCGCAUUACUGCGGACAUCAGCCCUGGUGGCUCGAAACAGGCGUUGUUCUAUUACAGUACAGAUAAUUCCAGCUGGAAGCAGUUGGGCUCGUUCACGAUGAAUACGGAUUGGGAGUUCUUCAUGGGCUACAGAUAUGGUAUCUUUAACUAUGCCACCUCAGCUCUCGGCGGAUCGGUCAAUGUUCCGUACUUCCAACUUGAUAGUGCGUAG